AUUUGACUGCGUACUUGACGUAAAUGUGCAUAUCUUUUGUCUCUUAAACGUUUCUGACAGCCUCAAAAUGUCUGCAGAGCCCACCUUGGACGAGAAUACGUUAAAACGGCUAACCAACGUCUUAACUGUAGCGAUUGCAAUCCAUGUGAUCGUUUCUUUGGUAAAAAUCGCCUCAUUCCUGAAAAAGUGGAUGUCUCCUAGUUCACCCAAUUUCUCUUCGCGCCCAACUCUCUCUCGCUCAGGAACUCAGAUAUCGUUGGGAUUGAAGGGCGCAACAGCUGAAUUCCUGACCACGCAGAAAAAGGAUUUCAGAUUAUCAGUAAAUUUUAUUCUCACCCAAGGAUGGCAGGAUGUCCCGUUUUUUCGUUAUCAUUGCGAUCUGGAGAGAUGUGCCGAUUUUUUUUGUACACCCUCAACCUGUACGAAAACGUCGUCAUGGGACGAACAAUUAACGCCGAAAUUAAUUGACGUGAAGGACACGUGGCAGCCCAACCUUCGCACGCAUCCUGUCGGCCAAUGCAGUGAUGCUGUCUCAUAUUUGACAGCGGAGGGCAAGGUAUAUCGUAAGGAGUACCAAACCGUUGUGCUUUGUCCCAGCCUUUGCAGACAAGUCGGAGAUACACGAUAUUACCAGCUGGACAUUAUGGAGACGGCACAUUUCAACAAUGAGGUCGUCCUGGAAUGGGAGCGCGAGUGUCCGAUACAGUUUAGGGGUCAGGGAAUUGUAGAAAAAACCCUGAGUCUCCGUGGCGUCCAAAAUGAGUGGGUAUUAAGCUAUGCAACGACCAAUACCAGCUGGGCCGAAGAUUUUGGAGAUGCUGACAAACCACCGAAAAAUCAUGACGGCCUCAGGGUAAUGUUUCGAUUGGACCUGAUUGGACCUUAUCGAGUGGUGGCGGAGUAGGUAAAGUCUCGGAA